AGACUUUUUCACUUUGCCGCGUUCGCAUUUUGUCACAGUUACAAUUUACCAAUUGUAAGAUACGGACGCACAGCUCCUCCACUCGAACGGGGAGUACUGCCAAGGCAUAAGAAAAGGCAAAAUUAAAAAGCUCGCUCCGCUCCGCUCCGCUCAGCUCAGCUCAGCUCGAAUCGUCUCGUCUCGCUCUCGACGGGGGACCAGCGGCUAACGGUUCUUCAGGAGCUGGUCUGCUUCUAACACUCGCACACUCGCACACCGCAGCGUCGGCCCGUCUCGUAUAAAAUCUGUUGCAUCAUUUGCGGCACUUCAGUCGUUCGAACGCGUGCGGCCGGAGAAGUGCAUUUCAAACAAUAACAACAACUAACUGGCAACAAAAAAUAAAAAAAAUUAAAAAACAAAUAAUAUCGAAAUCGGGAAAGCACCAAACAACGGCACCAACAAUGCAACCCGAACGGCUUAAGAUGACAAAGUUACGGAAUUUGUGAAAUUCAAAAGAAAAUAAACUACGAGUAUCUGAAACAUUUCCAAAGACCCACUUACCUCAGUGCAAUGCUAUAGGCAUUAAAAAAAAAGAACAAUCCAGAAUUAAAAAAAAACUCUUUGAAAACUUUAAAAAUUCCAAACGAACUCUGAUUGAAAAGAAAAACCUCCAAAAUUAACUCGCAAAAAGGCAUCAAGAUUUUACCCUCGUUCGCGCAACUAAAAAUGCUGAACAUGGAGUCGCCGCAGAUGUACGCCGAUGCCGUCCAGACAUUGGCCCAGCUGGACCUCAAGAAGGAGCAGGCGCCGCUGCAGCAGGCUACCAUCGGCCAGAUCACCCUCACGGCGAUGUCCACUGCCCAGCAGCAGCAACAGCAACAACAACAGCAACAGCAGCAGCAACAACAGCAGCAGCAGCAAUCCCAGACCACGGAUGCCAACAACAACACGUCGCAGGAUGCAGCUCUCCUGGUGAAGCAGCACGCCAUGCACCAGAUGCAACAGGCUGCUACCCUGGGAAACGGAAAUAACAACAACAAUGGGAACAACAGCGUGAACAACCUGCUGCAGAAGCAGAUGCUGCAACAGUACUCCACCCAGACGGAUCUCGACGAGCUGACCACCCAGGAGAUAACCCUGGACCUGCAGCACCUCAUCGACGACCAGUUUCGGGACACAGAGACUCUGGGAAUAUUCAGCGACAUGGUCACCAGUCCGGGUGGACUCUCGGCCACCCUGCCACCCAGUGGAAUGGUCAGUGCGGCGGCCAAGGUCCUGCAACAGCAGACCCUUCGGAAUCAGCACGGCUACGGGGGCAGAGGUGGGGGCGGGGCACUGGCAUACAUGCCACAGCCCGUGCACGCCACCUACAACAACUCCAGCGACGAGAACAGCUCCGUGGGAUCCGAUUCCAGCACAAUCAAGGAGGAGCCCAUCGACCCGGAGUACAGGCGGCACCUGCAGGAGGCGGCCAACCAGCAGGCGGCCUACAUGGGCAACGGAGGUGGCCUCUACAACGGCUACUCCGGGGCGGGCAACGGCCUGGCCGGGAACGGGAAUCCGCUGAACGGCAACACCACACCGAGCAGCAACGGAAGCAACGGCAGCAAUGGCAGCAGCAACGGCAGCCAGUUCACCAAUCUGACCACGGCCAAUGUCCUGGCGCACCACAAUCUGCCCCACUUGGCGGCAGCGGCGGGCGCCCAGCACCUGCUGAAGCAGCACAGCAAGCUGCAGCAGCACGCGGCCCAGCAGCACCAGCAUAACCAGCAGCAGCAGCACCGGAAGCACAGCAACAAGCACGUGGACAAGGGCACCGAGGAGUACCGGAGGCGGCGCGAACGGAACAACAUUGCGGUGAGGAAGAGCCGCGAGAAGGCAAAGGUGCGCUCGCGGGAGGUGGAGGAGCGGGUGAAGAGCCUGCUGAAGGAGAAGGACGCCCUGAUCCGGCAGCUCAGCGAGAUUUCCAACGAGCUGCAGCUCCACAAACAGAUCUACAUGCAACUGAUGAACCACGCCAAUCCCGAAGUGAGUCGGGUGUGCCGCAGCUUCCUCAACACCAACGAGCAUGCGCUGUAGCACGGAUCUGAUAGAGUAUCUGACGGAUACCUGGGACGAGACGAGAGUGUGUGACUGCCUCUGUGUGAGAGUGUGUGAAUGGACGAGUGUGUGCCUGGAUUGUAUGGAUAGUGUGUGCUUGGGAAGAGACUCUUCUGUUAAAUCAAAGAUUCAAAAUGCUGUGUGGGUAGCUCGUAAGAUACAUUAUUUUCCUUCUACUUGUUCAACGCUAUUCAUCGCCUUCUACAUCUUUUUAAUUAUACUAUACUAUACUCGGCCCCCUCUUGGGCAUUCCUUUGUACAUUUUCUACCAAAACUUCCCCUUGUUAACGCAUUGUAGAGCAUAUUUUUGUACUUAAUUUUUAAUACGACUGUAACAUAUAUUUCGCACAUUUUUUAUACAUUUAAUCUUAAUCGUACACCUUAUCAUAAAGUUAAGCCAAAGAAAAAUGUUAAAAAUAUUUAUGUAAAAAAAUCCAAGCAGGAACGUGGACAAAAAACGGAAGUUUAUUUAUACAAAAAUGAAAAAAACAAAUCAAAUCAAAUAUUAAAAUAUGAGUAGUGUAUGUAAAUUGAAACUGUACAUUUCUUGAUCGGUGUGUUGCUUGCGCUAUGCUUUAUGCCACGCCCCCUUUGACCCCUGCCCUCUGCUUUAAGAAACACCACAAUUAGCAAAUCUUAGUCGUUAAGGCGAUCGAUCCCUUAGGAGACACCUCCCAGGAACCCAGGAACAUGAAGUAACCGCUUUACCUGCGCCCCGCAAUCCCAGAGAUAGAGAGAGCGUAGAAGAUAUGAAUGCUAUUAAUUGUAAGGCCAACGCAAUGUUCUCAUUUUAAUUUAUAUAUUCGUAAAUUAAAUAUACACACAAACUACAAAGAAAACCUGUAAAGCAAAUCUAAAUAAAUUAAAUAAAAUUUACAGCAUAAA